UCAGGAGGAAGAAUCGUGCCGUCUCGCUACCUGCAGUACAGUCAGAAAGGCGCGAAGAAGGAUGCUUCAGCAAGUUCCUUUGUAGCCUCUACUGCUAAACCAUCUUCUGCAACUAAACCAACAUCAGCUCUUCCUCAGAGAUGUGAAGCUUCUGCUGAUGUUGUCUCUAGCUCAUUAAAUCAGAGUAGUUUUGAGAAAGGUGUCCUGCAGUCCACUUUAUUAGAUGAAGAUAAAGUUCCUCGACCGGACCUUGAUGUUUCAGCUAUUACUGAUCAAACUGUCCGCAAAAAGAUUCCUCCUUCAAAAUCUGCUUCCGAAGAAAGUUCAAAGACAGCUGGAAAUACCCAAGAAGUGGUGAAUGAUUCUGAUUCUCUGAUGGAAGAGCUGGAAUCUCAGACGCUGCUUUUAACUUACCUAAGAGUAAAGGCAGGCAAAAAUCUUGCCAAGGUGGAGAAGAAAGCAGAAAAAAACUUGCUAAUGUUGUGUGAAGAAAAGGAGAGACAGCAGGAGAAGCUCUCUGAGUUGAAGCGUGAAGUUCUACUUGGAGAGAGCGAGCAGAGACUUGACGAUGCGUUAGACAAACAGAUGGAAGUACUUUCUCCCCUUGUUCCUGUUUGUGAGCAGUUUAAAGAGCAGUAUGAAAGCUUUGCAGUUUCCCUGGACACCACUAGACAUGAAUUACCCAUAAAGGAUAUUCACAUAGAAGGAGAUAUGCCAACGUAUCUUGGUAAACUGCAAAAGCAGUUAACUAUCACGCAGGACCUUCUGACGGAAGUUAUGCCAAGCUACUCAGAAGAAAGUGCAAAAGCUUGUAGUGCACUGAAAGAACUUAAAGAAGUGUCUCAGAAUCUGGAUAAAGAACUUCAAAGGAGCUUCACACAAGUGCAGAACCUGUCGUUUGAAGUUAGUAAAGAAGUUUCUCUGCAUAACCAAAGAAUAUGCGAAGAGAAUCAUGGACUAGAUGUUGUGAAACACUGGUACUUCGACUAA